CUCAAGCUUGUGUGAAUAGCGUUCAAUCUCUACUCUAGCAGUAAUAUAUCUGAAAUAAUUUUAAACGUAAAGGUAAAGAUGAUAUAGGACAAGUAAAAAAAUAAGAUCCGUAGAUCGAGGAGAUACUACCAUAAAAUGUGAACACAAAACGACUAUGCCAAAAAUACAAGGGAAGGUGCGGAAGACGAACCCUGAAAGUGAAAAUCUUGUGAAGUAAAAUGGAUGAACUACAUACGUAGAUGGAAAAAAAAAAUUGCAUGUGCUUUAAUUUGAAACAAUCUUUUCCUUAAUGAAGGAAAGGCAGAAAGUGAAAUGGAAAUGCUUUAAGAAGCGCGGUCAGCAGAAUUAAAAUGUAUGCAGUUACUAGCCAACAUAUUUUGGUCACUCGGCCCUUCAUCACGAUCUUUUCACAAGCACCAGUAUAUAUAUAUCCGUAUUAGAGCUACGUCCAAGACCACGAAUAUCUUGAAAAUAACAGGAAUACAUUAUCCAAAUGUAUAAAUAAAUAAGCAAUCACAUUUGUAGAGCCUUUCAUAAUAAAGCAGACUUAGUACCACAGCUAUGGAGACGAGUUUCGUGGAUAAUCAAGUGUUGAGCUAACGCCUCAUUCCACUGGAGAAGAAAUGGACUCAUCAGUCAAGCGGCUGCAUCGUGGGUCGAGAUGGAUGUGGCUGUUCGUCGGGAUCCUGGCCGGGUUGAGCGUGGAACUGUCGGCGGCUCCGCAGUCCUUCCCCGUUGCCGUCGAGGAGAAUGCCUUUUCCUUUAACAACGAUGGGACAUACAUGUUCUCUUACGACACGGGUUCAGGAGAACACCAAAGUUUUCGGACCGAAGAGCGGGAUGCAAAGGGCGGGGUGACUGGGCGUUUCGGGUACGUGGAUCCCGACGGGGCGCUGAGAAUUACGGAAUAUCAGGCCGACACCGAAGGGUACAGAGCGAACAUGCUGAUUUACCAUCGCGUAAAUAGCGCUCCCCGAGACCCUCUCAUCGUGGGCCCUUUGCCCCAGCGGGUGCCUCCGUCUGCUCCCCUUUCGGGCGUUGAGGACCGCGGUUUCCGACCGCCGAGUGGGCCCGUGGGCCCCAUUCCCUUCUUUCCUCCCAAGGGGCCAGUGCUCAUCAUUGGUCCGCUACCCAAACCACUGCAACCAAAAGGAAUUCUUUCCUCUUCACAAGAAUUUAAGGAAAUAUUCUUCGACACGGCCGCCACUCCUCCACAGACUGGUGGCCGAGGUUCAGAGGAGCAAGCAGGCCAGACGGAUUCCCCAUCAGAGGGAACGCUACAACAGGAAAUGGGGAUUUCACUUAAGAGUUCAUUGGGGGAUUUUUCUGUUAGUUUUUCGCAGCGAAAUACUUCGAUGGAAGUAAAUCUCUUGGCUCCCGCAAAUCGUACGGGAAAUAAUCUUACAACAAUAAUAGAAACACCGGAAGAAAGUAGAAUCGGUGAUAUGGUUGAGACUAUAGGUAACCAGUCCUUGCAAUUUUCAUUUAAGGACACAAACAAUCAAAAUUUGAGUGUAUUUUUAUUGUCAGCUGCAGAGGGAACAUUGUUUCCCACUCUUAAAUUACACAGCGUCAGUGAUUCAAUGAACAAUACAAAGACAGAAUCGUACAGCAAUCUCCCUGACCUGUAUUUACAAAAUAUUACCAACAUUACAAAUGGAAGGGAUAAUGAUACAAAAUAUAAAACCUCACAACCACUGAAAACGAAUACGGCACAGGCAGUAAUAACAUUGUUAUCAGCAUCAAAAACACCUACGCCCGUGCUCCAUCUCGAGACCCCAGAUAAGGAAUAUCCACCUGAUCUAAAUUUACAAAGGAUAAUUGCUCCAACUGAGAAUACCUCACAUCAUCCUAAACAAUCGUCGACAACGGAAAUCGCAGUUGCUUCCGAUUUGCCAGCCAUGACCUCAACAGGAAAUUCAUUUUCGAGAGCGCCUUCUUCAGCAGUCGUCAUCCGGUUCGAUUCAUCGCUACCCUCUACGCAUACACCCUCUCGUCCCUUCACGUACAGUACGGACGAGACAUCCGCUGCCUCUCGAAUGAAAGGGGAAAUCUCUCCAGCCCACCCACUAACUGACAACUCACGUACAGUCGCGGAACCCGCAACUUCAGUUGAUCUGCCUCCACUAUUCUAUCUUCCUGUAAAAACUUCAGUGGAUCAGGCAGAUAACUGGAACCAGUUAAGGCGCCAAAGAUGAUAAAGAAUAGAGCAUUAUUCAUAGAUUAUAGUGAGAAUAAAUACGACCUAUCUUAAUUUGAUUUGAAAUUCAAUACAUAAUAAACACAGUGUGUAUUCACACACACACGCACGCACGCACGCAUACACACAUAUAUAAGUGUCUGUGUGUUUGUGAAAGGGAGAGAGAGAGAG